UGUUAUUAUCAGUCCCGCCUUACAUGUGGUACCCAUUUGACUUGAGUUUUCUGUGUGCCUAAAAGUCCAGUUUAAUUGAGGAGAGAAAAUCAUCUUACAGCUAUAAUGAACGAUACUCCAGCAAGUAUUGAUUUCGGAAUCAACGGGAAAAAAUAUUCAGUCAAUCGGGAUGUAGACGCCGAUACAAAAUUAGUCGAUUUCCUUCGCAGAAACGCAGUGUUAACUGGGACGAAAUGGAUGUGCAGGGAAGGAGGUUGUGGAGCGUGCGUAGUGACUCUUUCAAAGGGAGAUCCAUUAACAGGAAUCAUUCAGCAUCGUGCUGUUAAUUCGUGCUUGUUGCCAUUGAUGUCCUGUCAUGGUGGUGAGAUAACUACAGUUGAGGGAAUAGGAAACAAGAAAGACGGAUAUCAUCCGGUUCAAUCCCAGUUGGCGGACAUGAAUGGAAGUCAAUGCGGUUAUUGUUCUCCAGGAAUGGUGAUGUCAAUGUACAGCUUAUUAAAAAAGAAGAAUGGGGCUGAUCUGACGAUGAAAGAUAUCGAAUCUUCCUUGGACGGAAAUAUCUGCCGUUGCACCGGUUACCGCCCCAUUAUGGAUGCGUUCAAGACCUUCGCCAAGGAUGCGCCUCCAGAACUAAAAUCACGUUGCCUUGAUUUGGAAGACUUGGGCAAUAAACUUUGCCCAAAAACCGGUGCAGCUUGUGCAGGAAAUUGCGCAGCCAGUAAUGGUCUAAACACUGGAGUAUUUAAAAUGGGAAAUUGGUACCGGCCGGAAUCGCUAGAGCAACUGACAAAGCUUUUAAAAUCUUUCGGAGAACGCAUUAAAUACCGUCUUGUUGCUGGAAACACAGGAACUGGUGUUUACAAAACUGAUGGACCGUACGACGUGUACGUCGACAUAAACAAUAUCGGAGAUUUGCACCAUAUCUCAAAAGAUACUCCACUCACUGUUGGUGGGGGAGUAAGUCUGACAGAUCUUCAAGGGGUUCUGUCGUCUGUCGGAUCUACAAAUACCGACUACUGGUAUGGACAACUUCUUGCGGAACAUAUAGGAAAAAUUGGAAGCGUUCCACUGCGAAAUGCAGGAAGUAUUGCAGGAAACUUGAUGUUGAAAAACGCUCAUCGUGAAUUUCCUUCUGACUUAUUUGUCGUUCUUGAAACUGUUGGAGCGAAGGUUACCGUCAUGGGCAGCGAUGGAGAGAUUUUACAAUUUGAUUUGCCACAAUUCCUUGAAACGGAUAUGAAGGGUCGACUUAUUCUUAGUGUUGAACUUCCUCCAUUGUCGACGGAUCAUAUUAUAAAAACGUUUAAAAUUAUGCCUCGUUCAUGCAACGCUCAUGCUUACAUAAACGCCGGAUUUUGCGCGAAGAUUCUGCGUCAAGAUUCCAUCCGCAUUGUUGGGAAACCUACGAUUAUCUUUGGCGGAAUUCGCUCCUCUCUGAUACACGCUAGCGAGACGGAAAAUUUUUUGACCGAUAAAUGCCUGGAUGACGAAAAGAUUUUUCAAGGUGCGCUAAACGUGUUGGAACAAGAAUUGUGUCCUGAGGAGCAUUUACUGAAUCCGGACGGUGAUUAUCUGAAGUGUGUUGCUCAGGGUUUAUUUUACAAGUUUGCAUUGACCGUAAUUGGUGAAAAAUCAUCUUCGCUCUUGAGAUCAGGCGCGCAUAACUUAGAACGCGAUAUCAUGGUCGGGAAGCAGGACUAUGAUACCGAUUCAAAAGAAUGGCCCGUUAAUCAACCAACGAUAAAAAUAGAAGCGCGGGCACAAUGUGCAGGGGAGGCGAAAUACAUUGAUGAUAUGCCUUUGCGAGCUGAUGAACUCCACGGAGCCUUUGUUUUGAGCACCAUGGCUAAUUGUUCCAUUGAUAAGAUAGACGCUUCUGAGGCAUUGAUAAGUGAAGGAGUUGUUGCGUUUCUUGAUGCAAAAACUAUUAAGACUGGCAAUUUAUUUGUUUUUGCGCAAGGCGCCUUCGACAGCCAAACUAACGAAGAGGUAUUUAGUUCUGGUAAGGUGUUGUACGCCGGCCAAUCUCUUGGGCUCAUCGUAGCCCAUACGCAGAGCCAAGCAGCCAAAGCGGCUAAAUUGGUUCGAGUUUCAUAUAAAGACUGUCAAACGCCCGUUUUGAAAAUUAAAGAUGCAAUGAAACAUCCAGAAAGAACAACGAUCCAUGCUGCUUUUGGUCCACCCAACGUUUUUGAUGUUGGCAACUUCGAAGAUGGUUUCUCUCAGUCUGAAACCGUUGUCGAAGGUGAGUUUGAAAUUGGCACCCAAUAUCAUUUUUAUAUGGAAACUUUGGUUGCCGCAUGCGUUCCGUUGGAGGAUGGCAUGGACGUCUUUUGCGCAACUCAAGAUCAAGAUGCAGUUCAAAAUGCUGUGGCGCGUUGUCUGAGCCUUAAUAAGGCGCAAGUGAACGUUGAAACUCGCCGUUUGGGUGGUUCAUAUGGUGGCAAAAUUUCACGCUCUACGCUAGUUGCUGUGGCUUGCGCUAUAGCGGCCUCCGAACUGUCUAAACCCGUUCGAAUUUCCUUGGAUUUGGAUUCAAACAUGGCACUCGUCGGAGGACGUCUUCCGUACUAUUGUCAAUAUAAGGCAGGUACUGAUAAAAAUGGGCUUCUACAAGCUAUAGAUUUGACGAUAGUCAGCGAUUGUGGUGGAAAUUUUAAUGAAGGAACUGCAUUUUUUGCUGCGUCGUUUGCAAAAAAUUGCUAUGCCGCAAAAUCUUGGAAAUUUACUCCAUUGUUGGUGCAAACAGAUACACCUUCAAACACAUACUGUCGAGCCCCUGGAACUACGCAGGGGAUUGCAAUUAUUGAAAAUUUGAUCGAGCAUUUGGCGAAGACUCGUAAAGAGGAUCCCCUUGAAUUCCGACUGAAAAACCUAAAUACUAGCGGAAACGAUGAGGCCAAUUCCAUGCGAAAGAUCAUUGACGAGCUACGCCGCUCGUCGGAUUUUGAUAAACGUCUAGGCGAAAUAAAAGAAUUCAACUUGAACAAUCGAUGGAAAAAACGUGGAAUUAAUCUGCUUCCCAUGGUUUACCCCGUCGAAUCUUUUCCUUUUCGUUACAACGUUCUGGUAGCUAUUCACCAUGAUGGUGGAUCUGUGUCCGUUUCUCAUGGUGGUAUUGAAUGUGGCCAGGGCAUUAACACUAAAGUUGCGCAAGUUGUGGCAAGAGAACUUGGCAUUGACCUCUCGUUGGUUUCGAUCAAACCAACAAACACAUUGACAAAUACUAAUGGAUCGGUCACCGGAGGCAGUGUAACAAGUGAGAUGAACUGCUAUGCUGCCAUGAAAGCGUGUCAAGAACUAAUGAACCGGAUGCUUCCUAUAAAAGAGAAAUUACCAGAUGCCAGCUGGACCGCACUUGUGGAAAACUGUUUUAAUUCAAACGUCGAUCUAACUGCUCGCCAUUAUUAUACAUCUGAUGACAAGGUGAAAGGAUACAUCAUCCACGGCGCUACCGUCUCGGAAGUGGAAAUCGAUGUUUUGACAGGGGAGAAACUGCUUCGCAGAGUAGAUAUACUUGAAGAUGCUGGACAGAGCAUAAGUCCGUUAAUAGAUAUUGGACAAAUCGAGGGAGCAUUUAUGAUGGGAGUUGGCCUAUGGACAAGCGAGAAGAUUACGUACGAUCCAGUAACGGGGCAAAAGUUAAGUCGGGGGACUUGGAAUUACAAACCUCCGCUGAAUGCUGACGUUCCGGUAGAUUUCCGCGUCACAAUGAUGAAAAACGCAGCUCACCCAUUCGGCAUUUUACGCUCUAAAGCUACUGGUGAACCCCCAUUGUGUAUGUCAGUCUCUGUCCUUUUCGCUUUACGCAACGCUGUGGAUGCUGCUCGAAGUGAUGCUGGCAAUUCAGAUUGGUAUCAGAUGGAUGGUCCAGCAACUAUAGACAAACUUCAUAAGAUGAUGUUAACAAACCCAGCGCAUUAUUUGUUCCAGUGAACAAAACCAAAAAGUGAAAUUCUUUCCUAGGCAAAGCCUUCAUCUACUUCUUGUAAUAUUCUACCGGUUCAUGUACGACAUAUAAUGGCAUAUAUCAUCUUC